AUGAACUUCGCCGAGUCGUCCCAGGCUCGGCACUGGACCUUCACCGCGGCCCAGCUUGCGUCGAUGCGCGAGACCCGCGUGCGGCACGUCGCUGAGAGGCUCGCAAAGGCGUCGCCGGUGCCCGCCGCCGCCCGGCUGGCGGUCUCCGAUGAGCUGCUGCUGCAGCAGUACUGGCACCACAAGAUGCAGGAGAUGGGCCGCACCGAGAACUCCAACGCGCCCGAGCGCUUCACCCCGCGCGUCAUGACGACGGCACACUACUUCGUGCGCCGCGCGCUGCUCCGCAAGUCGGUCGUCGAGGUGGAGCUGCGCGAGCUGCUGCUCGGCGCGAUCUACCUGGCUGGGAAGGUGGAGGAGGAGCACAUCCCGCUGACGGUCCUCGUCAAGUACUCUCGCCACUUCAAGCAGGAGGAGAAGGAGCAGCCCGAGCGCUCCGCGGCGGGCCGAUCGGCGCGGCUCCUCUCGCUGCUUGGCUACGAGCUGGUGGUCCGCUCGCCCUUCCGCGCGCUCCGAGGGGCGCUCGAGUCCCUGCGCGGCGGCGGCGGCGGCGGCGGUGGCGGCGGCGGCGGCGGCGGCGGCGGCGGUGGCGGCGAGCCCGCUGAGCCUCCCGUCCUCGCUCCCGCGGCGGCCGACGCCGUCGAGGCCUCUGCGCGGCAGUUCCUCAACCUCGCCCUGUGCUCGGACGCGCCGCUGCUGCACUCGCCGCAGCAGAUCGCCCUCGCCGCCAUCGUUCGCGCCGCCGACGCCGCCGGCGCCGAUAUCGACGCGUGGCUCGCGCGCGCAGCUGGGGAGAAGGGCGAGCCGGCGAGCGAGGCGGCGCUGGGGCAGCUGCGGCAGCGGCUCGGCGUGGUCGGCACGGCCGUCGACGCUGCCGCGGGCAUGCCGCCCGUGGGCGCGAUCAAGGACAUCAACGGGCGCUGCAAGUCGCUGAGCAGCGCGCUGCAGGCGGGGCAUCUGCGAGGCGCUGCGCGUCAGAGAGGCUGUCGCCUGAGCGUGACGCGGGCGUCGCGCGACCGAAAGCACGCGCGAGCCGACGAGGCCAUGCGGCGGGCCGAGGCCGAGGCGGCCUCCAACCCCGCCGGCGGCGGAGAUGACGCGCCCUUUGCCAUCCGCAAGAAGCCGCGCGUGACGACAGCGCCAGCCGCUGCAGCAAAGGAGGAGGCGGCCGGAUGA